GGCACGUCUGUAGAACUAGUGAUCAACAGACACAUUAUAGUAUGCGCAGUAGUUUCUAUUAAUGUACAACAUGGAGCGGCAGAGUGUUGGUGUCCAAACUAAUUGGGAAGAAAAAAAUGACGUUCCAAGUCUUGAAGAAUUACAACAUCGUCUUUGCAAACUCAUCACUGAUUGCGGCACUGAUAAUGAUGUACCAAACAUGAGAUCGCCAACGGACAUGGAAUCUUCGUUACAUUAUAAUGACAUUAAAAAUAUGACCCCCGUUACAUCAAAACAAACAGAAUUUUUGCCCAAAGACGGAGUAACCAAUAUUACGGCAAAGAAUGAAGAAACUUAUGCCGUGGCUAUGUUUUGCAAUCGCUCUGGCAGAGGAUGCAAUGCCAUAGGUGAGGUAUACGUUGUGGAUAUUGAAUCUGAUAUACCUUCCGUAAAAAUGCUUUGUAUGGGUGGGAUACCCAAAUUACUUUUCGGAAAAAACAACAGUUCGCUUUUAUUCGGAGGAUCGUUGUGUGGAGCAAUUCAUGUAUGGGAUGUUAAAUCACAGUCGGAAAUAUCUGUUAUACCACCCAGUAUUCAUAAAGGACAUAUAGACCCUAUUAUAUCACUAGAGUCAUUAACACGUGAUACACUACUAUCAGUUGACGUGGCUGGGAAGGCGAUUACAUGGGACUUACGCAAUUUGGCCGAACCAGUGUCACACGUAGAAUGGGAAAUAGCCAGUCGCGCCUGUAGAGUUUCAUCUGUUUGUCGUGGCAGUACGUUCUACUGUUCGAGUCUCAGUGGCAAGAUAUAUAAAUGCAACAGUGAUGGUAUAUCGCAAGAAGGGGAUAUAAUACAUGAAUCUGGAAUAAUUGCGUCAUCGGUAUCUACUGUCGGACCCAUUGAAUUGUUGGCCACAUCAUCCCUGGAUAGUAGUAUCAAAGUAUGGGAUCCUCAGGAUUUUACGAUGGCUAUAUACGACCUGUUACCAUCAAUUAAUUGCACAGUGGACAUGGCGUGGCAUCCUACAAUAACAAACGUAUUAGCAACAGCCGACGACCACGGAAACGUUAGUGUAUGGAAUUUUGCCAAAAACCGAAUGAUGCCGGUGUGCAGUGUCAACCACGAUGGAACUUCCAGUGCGAUUGCAUGGACUCCCAGUGGCAAGCAUCUCAUCGUCGGCGGUUAUGGUGUAAGCAUAUUUGAACCCGAAAAAGAGGUGUGUAAAAUAAUAUCAAAUAAUACAAAUGAAGGUAUUGCACAAUGACCAUGAGUCAAUUAUGUCUACAUUCAACACCAUAAAAACUACGUCAUAUA